GAACGUUGCACACAAGCAUACUUCCUCAUGCAUCUGACGUCCGUGUUAUUUUAAACAUUCUCUAAUGUGACUUGUCAAACCUCUACGUUUAUGAUUAGCAUGCCGCUUAUUUCGCCGUCAUCACAAUCAGAUUUUCUGAGUGCACUUCACCCUUGGAUGCCCCGGUCCUACCAUGGAACACUGUAAUCACAAUCUAAUUGCACAAAAGAAUGGGCGGCAGAGAAAGAAAGUAGGUGUGGGACUCUCCCAUUCUGAAAGCCCAAAGGACACCGAGAGGACAGAGAUGGUCAUCUCAGACUCUGAGUACAGGAUACAUCUCAGAGUCCACCGGGGUAUUCGGACCGAGUUGGGGAACGUAUUGCUUCUUCUCUUCCUCUAUGUGCUGCAAGGCAUUCCCCUUGGACUGGCUGGCAGCAUUCCGUUGAUCCUACAGAGUAAGAAUGUCAGCUACAAGGACCAAGCGGUCUUUAGCUUUGUCUUUUGGCCAUUUAGUCUCAAGCUUUUAUGGGCCCCGCUGGUGGAUGCGCUCUACUGGAACAAGUUUGGUCGAAGAAAAUCCUGGCUGGUACCCACGCAAUACUUGUUGGGCCUCUUCAUGCUCUACCUUUCUCUAAGAGUUGACUCGUUGCUGCAGAGUGAGGGAGGCCCCAAUGUGGUCGCAUUGACAUCAGUCUUCUUUAUGCUUGCCUUUCUAGCAGCCACACAGGACAUCGCUGUAGAUGGCUGGGCACUGACAAUGCUAUCCAGGGAGAAUGUAGGAUAUGCGUCUACAUGCAACUCAGUGGGCCAGACAGCUGGCUAUUUCCUGGGUAAUGUGCUCUUUUUGGCUCUGGAGUCUGCCGACUUCUGCAACAAAUACCUCAGAAUAGAGCCCAAGCCGACUGGAAUUGUCACCUUGGCAAACUUCUUGUUCUUCUGGGGAGUGGUUUUCCUGGUUUCCACAACGCUGGUGGCCAUCUUAAAAAGUGAGACCGAACGAAGCGAAGGCAGGAGGAACGAUCCAGAGGAGACCCAGGGUGUUUUCCAAACCUACAAGUUGCUGUUCACGAUCAUCAAUAUGCCAGCAGUCUUUACCUACUGCGCGCUGCUUCUCACGGCCAAAAUCGGCUUCUCCGCAGCCGAUGCGGUGACCGGGCUGAAGUUGGUGGAGGCAGGCGUUCCGAAGGCACAGUUGGCAUUGCUGGCUGUGCCCAUGGUGCCUCUGCAGAUCCUUCUACCGGUGCUCAUCAGUAAAUACACAGCGGGGCCCCGACCGUUGGAUGUCUUCUACAAGGCCUUCCCUUUAAGGUUAAUCAUUGGCCUGGGGUUCGCUCUGCUUGUUGCGUGGACCCCAAGCGUGAGACAAGAAGAAGGCUUUCCUGUUUACUACUAUGGCGUUGUGCUGCUUAGCUAUGCAGUGCAUCAGGUGGCUUUGUACAGCAUGUACGUCGCCGGCAUGGCUUUCAACGCCAAAGUGAGCGACCCAUUGAUUGGUGGCACCUACAUGACACUGCUGAACACAGUCACUAACCUGGGAGGGAACUGGCCCUCCACUCUUGCACUUUGGUUGGUGGAUUCCCUCACGUGGAAGGAGUGUCAGGGCGCUGUUGGGCAAACUUGUGCCUCACCGGAGGCAGUGGGGCUGUGUGUCAAGGAGGGCGGAGCCUGCGUCACAACGCUGGAUGGCUACUAUGUGGAGUCAGUGGUGUGUGUGCUGAUCGGCUUUGCCUGGUGGGUGUGGUUAGGGCCGAAAAUGAAGAGGCUGCAGGAGCACAGUCCAGCUGCGUGGAGAUGCCGAGUCGUCACUGGUUAUGACUGAACCGGUCCAUUUUUUUUGUUUUCCCUGAACUCUGGAUACUUUAUUUUUUUGCAUCAAAGCCUUUUGUUUCUUUGGUGACUAACUGAAACAGCAUGACCAAAUCAGAGCUGGUUCGGUACAGCAUCAAGUAAUGACCCACUACCACAAGACUGGUUACAUAACCCAUCCAGAAAUAACGCAUCAUACCUGCCUGACCACCUACUGGUUAUUCUUUAUGAACUGAUAGGAAAAGAACAGCUAAAUGUUGUUGGUGGAUCACAUUGUUUCCGUGUGUGCUUUGGAGUAGAUUUAUGAAAGAUAUAUAUACCAUACAGGUCAAUGGAACGCUUUAAAUUGUCGCUAGGUGUGAGUGUGA